AUGAGUGAUAUGGCUAUUGAUGAUGUACCAUUUUCUCAAGUUUGGGUAGGUCUAGGUAUCCAUUUCACCUAUGAGGAAGAGUUAGAUUUGGUCACAAAAGGAGUAAAAUUAGAAUAUAAUGCUGCUGAUUUGUAUACAAGGAACAUAGAUCUUUCAAGCAACUUCUUGUCUGGGUCAAUCCCAAAUGAGAUUUCAAGUCUUCACUAUCUACACUCUCUGAACUUGUCUCACAAACAAUUAGUUGGACGCAUACCAGAGAAUGUAGGCAACAUGGUGAAUUUGGAGUCUCUCGAUCUCUCAAACAACAAUCUUUCAGGUGAAAUUCCAAAAAGCAUGUCGAGAUUAACAUUUCUUCAAGUGUUAAACUUGUCAUGCAACAACUUGUGCGGGAAAAUUCCCACAAGCACCCAACUUUAA